CCCUCUGGAUGUAAACAAACCAGCGUCACUGUGAUAAAAAAGUACUACAUUUUAAGACACUCAAAAAUAUUCCUAAAGAAAACCGAUACUAAUAGAACUAAUAUAAAUAAAAGAAAGAAGAGAGAAAAUAGAUUCAGGUGAUAUAGACUAGACAAUAGUCUAAAACCCUAUAAAAGAAGAAAGAAGAAAAGAAGAAGAAGUCACUGUUAACAGGAUAGCAGCAUUUGGCACAUUUAGGAUCUUUCAAAGUUAGCAGAAAUGGCAAAAAUGAGAGGACCACGCAAGUCUCCUGGAACAAAUAAGGCUGAAGUUCCUACUCCCUCCCAGACAACAAGUAGUCCACCAAGACUGCAAAUAGACUGGCGUCGUAUCUUCAUUAGGAUUCUUAUGAUGACUGGUAUUAUGGUUGCUGUCUAUUACACUAAGGCAACAGACUUGGUCACCUUCGUAACACAGAAGGAAGAAGUUCUCAGCCGCUCUGUUGAUAUUAGUUGUUCUGAAGACUAUGCACAGGAGCUUUUGCAUUUUCCUGGUUGUACACCUAGGAAGUGUGGUAGAGUAGUGUUUGACACUCUUGUGAAGCCGUCUGAGGUUGCUGCCUUACUCAACAUAGCAAAGAGAGGACUGUCAAUGGGAGGUUCUACUGGUGGAGCUUCUAUCCUUGACUUGCACUCAGGCGCUCUGUCACAUGGCAAUGCUUUUGUCAAUAUCUUUAAAUUGGAAGAGGCAAGAAACUUAUUCACAGAACAAGACUUCAAAAUAUAUAGUUUUGUCAAAAAUAAGAUUCACAAAGCUAUAGUGGAUCAUUUCGGCAUUGAAAAAAACAGGCUUUACUUAACACAUCCAACCUUCUUCUCUCGCAUCACUCCUGCUCCUCCACAAACAGUUCAUGAUGAGUACUGGCAUCCUCAUGUUGACAAGGAGACUUACGAGUCUUUCCAUUACACAUCAUUAUUAUACCUAACUGAUUAUAGUUAUGACUUUGAGGGUGGACGGUUCAUCUUCAUUGAUAAGGACUCCAACAAAACUGUUGAGCCACGUUCAGGGAGAGUUUCUGCUUUUACCUCUGGGUCUGAGAACCUGCAUCAUGUAGAGAGAGUCACAAAAGGCACCAGGUAUGCUGUGACGGUGUCCUUUACAUGUGACCCCAAGCAUGCUAUUAGUGAUCCUGUUCUGCAAAGGUGACUGCAGUUUGGAGGAAGAAUGCAUUAGAAUUGAGUCCUCAGUAUUUCAGUGUUUCAUUGUAGGUUGAUUUAUGAUUUGGAAAAAGAGUAUAAAAUCCAGAUAAAAAAGAAAGAAAGAAAAAAAAAAAACUUCUGGAAAUAUUUUUUCCUUUUGUUAAAAUUGUUAUUGAAUAUUGCCAGUAUUAGCAUCAAUGUUAGUGUUGAUAUUCAUAUUAAUUUAUGAAUACUGAUGUAAUACAAGGUAAAGUAUCAAUGAUUUGAACUUGCACAAAUAAAGUAUGACAUGACAGAAAAUAUGUGUAUAUCCAUUAGAAUUGGACUAUAAGUGCCCUUUGGAUUUUCAUCAAAAGAAAUGUUCUUGUAACAGGCAGUUUAUCUAAGGAUAAGGAUAAGUCCAAUAUGCGAAGCUGAGCCUUCAGUUUAUCUGUCAGACUUUUCUAGGGAUUUUUUACAAAGUGCAACAACUUUUCAAAAUUACAGAUAUUGCAGUUAUUAGGAUUAUAAAAUGAAACUAUGUGGUUUUUAGUUCUUAAUUUUUUGGUGCAAAAUUUAGGUGCUCAAAUUCCAAAUUAUCAGUAUAUAAAAAGUAUUAUUAUUGCUGGUGAUUUACUAAAGAAAAUCAAUAAAUAUCAUCACCUAAAUAUUAUUGCUAUAAAGAAAUUGUUAACUAAAUUAACUGAACUUGAUCUCUUUUUUCACUGUUAUUCAUUCUUUCUUUUUAUUAUCUUGGAUAAUGAAGUUUCGUUACUCUAGGUUGUAGCAAUCUAUUGAUUUUUCAUCUGGACACUUAUAGCAUUAUUCCUUGGCUUCCCCCUUGGCAAACAUAGUAUUGAUAUUAAAUGUGUUUAGUAAUUCCUAAAUAUUAUGACAUGCAUUGUAGAUGUAAUUAAUUUUAUUAUGCUUAAUUAUAUUUUUGAGAAUAAUAAUAUAAUACAUGUAGCAGACUCCUGGGCAAACAGCAGGAUGGUUGCCAGAAGCCUCCAGAGUCAGUGACACCAAGAAAUUUCUGAUACCGUCAUUAUAGGGAUAUACUUAAUUAACUCAUUGGGUAUUUAUGGACCUAUCAGAAAUUUGUUAUGAUUACAGUACUGGUUAGAUUAAAAACAAAAUUGUAUAUGAGUAUUGACGAUAUUAAUAAUUUCCAAUGAUAACUAUGAAUGAAUGAGUUAAGAUUUCAAAGUAAGGGCUGAACAUCUGUGUCAAAAGAACUGCUAACCUUUUGAACAAAUGCUUUGUGCUCUAGUUUAUUUCAGUAUUGCAUUGCGAUUUGACCAGCUUAAUCACAGUAUUGUCAGGAAGUCAGGAAUUUGCAUUUAUUCUGAAUUACAGGAUAUACAUUUCAAUUCUCUGCAUAGUGUGCAUUCCAAUAUUGUUUAUUGCACCAAGAGAUUCUUGGGUUUAUCCAGACUUAUGGUGAAGGGUUGUGUUGCUUGGGGUUUGGUUUUACUGGUUUGCUGUGAUAUAGUCUGAAAUUCCAUUUUUGUUAAUUUCUUAAUUUUCUUGCUCAGAUACAAUAACUGUAAACAUUUCACCAUGCCUGGUCACAUCUUGUUUGGUUUAACCCAGUGCUGCUGGGCACUGCCCACUGUGAGUUUACUUUAUUAAUUUUUUUUACACAUAGAUGGCUAUACUUGUACUAAGUCACCAAUGAGCCAGUUACCGAGUACUGCCUGUCUCGCCUGUUUACCCUUUUCCUUGAUUUACGAAAAUAUUUGUCAUCUUAUUUCCUGUUAUUAAUGUUUAUAAAAUCAUAGUAUUUAUAAUGUCUGAAAUAAAGAUAGCACCAUCAAUAUUCAUAGCAUUAGUAAAAAUUCAAGGAAAGGUGAAAUCAGGUAAGGUCACAAGGCCCACUGAUUGACUCAUUUGUGGCUAAGCACCAGCAAGCCAUCUAUGUGCAGAGACAUUUCACAAAAAUAUAAAAAAUGAGCACAUCAUUUUCUCGGCAGCAUUGGGUAAACCAUGACAUUGUUAAGUUGUCAUAGCCAUACUGUCACACCAGAUUAAUAUAUUAUUUGUUGAUAGAAAUCCAUGUGAGUUUGGAGAAUUUUUCUUUUGUAUGAAUAUUUAUUGAUUGUUGAUAUUAAGAUAAAGAAAGAGUGAAUGACAUGUUCAGAUGUUCUAGUGGACUUUUGCUUUGUUUAUUGUACUGCAUGUCUCAUAUAAAGUUAGUUUGUAAUCACUUACAAAAAUGCAAUUGAUUACUAGCUGACAUGUGAAUAUGAUCUGUAAUGGAUGGUGAAAAGGCAAUAACAAGCAAGUGUUUUCACUUUGAUUUUCUGAGAAAACCUUUGUUACAUUCCUGGUUAAUGAAUGCAACUGAUUGAUUCAUGUACAAUGCUCAUGUAAGAUAAAAGAAAAAGAAUUAAAAAAUAUAUAUAUUUAUAUAUAUAUGUAUAUGUAUAUGUGUAUAUAUAUAUAUAUAUAUAUAUAUAUAUAUAUAUAUAUAUAUAUAUAUAUAUAUAUAUAUAUAUAUAUAUAUAUAUAUAUAUAUAUAUAUAAAAGAUAAAAAACAAAGUAUACAAGAUAAAAAAGUGACAAUAAAAACAAACAAAUAAUCAAAAGGAUCAACAACUAAGUAAUGUAUUUUAAGUUUACAGUAGAUUUUGUGGGUUACAGCUUUCUAUGAACUGAAUAUAGAUUAGAUAAGU